AUGAAGGUGCGGCUGUUUGCAGGCUACCUUGUGUUGCUGUCCCUUGUCCCCAUCUUGCGAGCUCAGAAAAUGAAGCCGCUUCUGGGUGGGAGUUUACAGUGGAACAUAGACAAGAAAUUCGCAGACGGUACCAGGCUCGUCAACUUCGCGCUCUAUUCGACCUUUGAGACCGACCCACUUUGCACUUAUACAGCAGGGACGAACGUUGUCUGCAACGCCUACGGCGCUGGAGUAGCAAGUGUCCAUGGAAUUCUUUGUGUGAGGACGAUCGUGUCAGACGACCAGGGUCAGCUCUCUCUCGGGAACGUGUAUGGCGCUGGCGAUCAGAGGUGUCCCUAUCUAUGGGGGAGGUCAGCCAACGCAACUCUAAGGACUUGCACUUACACCAACAAUGUGCUUUGCACCGAUUUCCAAAACUCCGGGAUUGAUACUGGCACUGUUCCAAAGAUCGGCAUCGAGAAUGAUUUCCAAGUCAUCACCGUCCAGAACUCUGAUGAUCCCACUCAAACGAGCAGGAAGCUGAACUACCGCAGCGUUGUGUUCGGGGUCAAGAGCCAUCAGAUCGUAGUCAACGACAACGUGGUCGGGUUGGUCGCCUACCUCAUGACUGUUGAUGGCAACCCCAUCGAUGUGACCCAAGGCAUUCUGUUGCCGCGAUGCGUUUUCUUUUCGAUUUCAACCGGGCAAGUUGACCUCUGCAGUCACACCACUCGAUUUUUCCGAGAUGCAGCUGGUGGCAAGUUGAGUUACAGCUUCGCGUCUUCAAAUGACAAGUAUUGGCUGCCCUCGCUGCUCUCGGCUAAGUUCCCUGGCCUUGCACACCUGGAGAAGCUUUCCCCGGCACUUGAAACUUACAUCCCGCUAUGCAGCCGAAGCACUGCUACAUCAAACUCAUGGCGUUGUGCGAUCAACCCAGUGAACAACUACUUCGCCCCUGUCUCUGGGCUUCCUUAUAUGAUCGAGGUCCCCAUCACCCCGAAGACUCUCUACAAGUCCAAGACCUACAAGACAAGCAGCAACCAAAACUUCAAUGCAUCACAGCCUCCUUUCAUUGUUCCUAUCUAUGAUUUUGAUGGGCACAUGACGACCUAUUACAGUCCAGGCUUCUCGUCUUCUGUGACGUCUGACAAGGCCUUGAAGUGCUGGCUGGGAAGUACCAACGACACCACGAGGGCCUGUCCGUCUUGCAGUUACGACUGGCCGAGCAAGAUUUGUACCCAUGCUCAGAGCUAUACGCAGCCAAGCACUCUGCCGAGAGAGCAGGGCAUCAAGUAUCCGACCUUGGGAAAGAUCUGCUCGUCAGACUCUGAGGGAUGGUGUAACACUACAUGGUCCACCUGUCGACAAAUGUUCGACUUCGAUCGCAACGGAUACAACCAGGCCGGACGCUUCUUGAAGUUCGACUUUGAUUGGGUCCCGGUACAGGGCAUCACGGAGAACCACGUCGAGUACGUAUACUACAACGUCUCGAGCACCCGUCAGUCCUUUUUCACUCAACAUGCCCUUGCAGCAGUUGAUUUCCCCUUCAUUGACAUCGACAACCCCCUGGAUGCCAGCGGCAGGGACAUCUUGGAAGAUCAUUACUACAAAGUUCCUGCCUUCCUGGAUUCAUCUAGCACCUUCAAGAAGGCCUUUCAAGCCUCGGGAUCCUCCCAGCAGAUCUUCUCCACAUUUUCUUGUUUCGCCGGAAGUCUCAACCAGCCUCCAGAGUUCUACACGUCUCUGGACAUCAACAGGGCGACCAAGAAUCUCGUGCAUGAAGUCAUCUGUACCUACGCCACCACCUGCCGCAUGGACCUCUUCGCCCUUGACUUCCCCAUCGCCGCGGACGGCACGGAAGACCGGACCCGCCUCUCCACGGACACCAUCCGCAUCGAGUCGGCGCUGGGCAACGGAGACAAGACGUGGACGUGCGUGGGAACAGGAUCGUUGCAGUGCACCUACACGCUUGACACGACUGAGAGGCUCUUGACGGACGGAUACCUUCCCUCGGUGCAAGGAAAGAUUAUCACGCGCUGCUUCGUCGCCUACGACGUGCACGAUGCGGCCGCGUGCCAGUCGCAGAGAGAGAGGUGCUCCUGCCGCUCGCUUCCUUACUGCGUCAAGUUCAAGUUCCAAGGAAACCCUCCAGUUUUCGACUCCACACUCUCCUCCAUGCAAGCUGCUCCCUCCUACGACGACAACGGGUUGCUUGUGCCGCAGCGCAUGGACGUGUUCGCGUGCUCUGGCGCUCCCAUCCUGCUGAACAUCUCAGCCUCUGACCCUGAUGGCGAUGACGUUAGGAUUCACGUGGUGGACCCGGACAUCGACCGGACUGACGAGUGCUCAGAUGGCAUCAGCAACUACAUCGAGAACGGCGGGCGGUGGAACGCCAAUUUCUUCUCCUCUGCUCCGAUUCAGUCGCUUCCGGGUAAUUGCGGGAGCUUCCAAGGCUACGGAGCUGCGCGGGUCGGAGACAAUGCCGCGCAGACGACCAUUGCUCCCGUCCAGCAGAGCUCCUGCACUGAUCCCACCUGCAACAAGAUCAAGACGCUCUACUCGUCGUACGUGUCCAGCAUCAAGCUGGUGCAGAAGCCGUACCUCGCCGUCUCGUACACGUUGGACCUCGUCAAGAGCAACGGGCUCUCGAGCUUCCUGCAGAGCUGCGGGCAGAGCUGCCGAGAGAUCCGGUCCAACGUGGACCAGGUGGUGUGUGCAGCAGCCUACGAUGACAGCAGGUGGAGGUACGGGCGAUGGGUCGGCAGCACAGACCCCAACGGGGACGACAGGUACCCCUGGCAGAGGCUGCACGACAACGGCGACCAGGUCUCCCAGCAGGUCUGCUGGAAGAUCCGACUUCAGGCACCACCGGUGUUCGUGACCGACGCAGGAGGGAUGGAGUCUCCCUUCAACCAGGCGUGGCUUGACAUGACCAAGAGUUCCUUCGCUCCGACGUCCAUCAACGGGGAGUACGUGGAGGCAGCGUACAAGAGGAUCAGGAUAGCAGCCAACGAGAGCAAGUCCGUCACCUUCGUCGCGCAGGACCCGGAGCCCUGGGACCGCAUCAAGAUUUUCCUCCUUGAGAACCCCGGGUCAAUCAAGAACAUGCGCAUCUCUCGCUCCACCUGCAUCCCACGCCUCCAAGACUCGUCCAUGUGCCGAGCUGCUGACGUCAUCGACCCGACUGUGUACCCCAAGCAGAAGUGGACUUCUGCCCUGCAGAACGACACGGCCUCCUCCUGCUCGCGGGCCAGGCGGCAGGUGGAGUACAAGGCGCUGCCGGAGGAUGCGGGCAAAGCGUAUCGAGUGUGCAUGACGGCGAGGGACGACAGCACGGGGUGUGCGAACCGGGGGAUCAGAGACGCGACGGUCUAUGGCUGGUACUCUGAAGUUCACUGCGUCGUCUUCGAGGUCGUUCUCCCCCAGCUCACUUGGCGCCCGGAGACUUCCAACCUCUUCACACGAAUCGACGCGUUUGUCGGCUGCAGGACCCAGCUGCUGCUCCAGGUGGACGACACCACAGAAAGGUCAGACCACUACCUUCUCGUCCGGCUUGACACUUCAGCUAGCACGCGUGUCCCCGGCGCCUACACUGGCAACUAUCCCCUCGUCAUCGAGACCGACGGGCUGCCGGACGGAGCCGUCUUGACGUCCUCUGCUCCCCCGACAGCCGGCUGCAUCAUGGAGGCAAGGACUGCUGUAGCUGCUGGGGAAGUGCUGACAGUAGUGCAGGGCAUCCGCUCCCUCGGCCGGUCCUGCAGCGGUGGAGCUCAGCCGGGCGCUGCAUGCGGGUCGGAUGCCGACUGCAUGGGAGGGCUCUGCAACCAGGCGACCAGCUGCAUGACGCUGACCAUUGUGAGAUGUCGCUACUGCUUCGAAGCUCAGGACACGCUCAUCAAGGUCAUGCGGAGUUUCGCGUCAGACAUGAACUGGCUGAGGAUCUGGGCGCUCAACGGCAACGUCAACGGGGUCAACAGCACGCUGAUCCGCAACCCGGACGCGAUCGUGAGCUCCAAGACCGACGGCCUGUUCUUCGUAGGCGUCACUUACCAGACUAAGAGGCACGAGAUGCUCAGUGACGUGGCAAGUCGCUUCAGGACGACGGUGAAGACGAUCCUGUCCUUGAACUGGGACAUCGCGCAGCUGGGGGCGGAGGACCACAUGCCGGAGGGGCAGGAGCUCUGCCUAAUGCCAUGCAGCAUGCUUCCAGCGUGA